GGGAUUGAACUAGAAAUAUUUACUUCCAUGUGUCUAGCAAGAUCUCAUUUUUGGAAUUAAGAAAUUACUUAUAUUCAUAGAAUAUGUCUAAUGAUGUUGAAUUAAUGGUAUCAAAGAGGUCGAUCGACUAUUAUGGAGUGCUAGGGCUGAAUAAAAGUGCAACUCUUACAGACAUCAGAAGGGAGUAUCGACGACUGGCUUUAGAGUACAAUCCAGAAAGACAGAAUGACAAAAGUCUCUAUUCUUUAUUCGUAUUAGUCGGAGAGGCUUAUGAAGUAUUGAGUUCUCCUUUAUUGAAAGCUCUUUAUGACCAAUAUGGAGAAGAAGGAUUAAAGAAAGGCAUUGUAACUCCUUAUGGAUGGAAUCCGCCUUACGCUUACCAUGGCGAUCCUCUGAAGACAUAUAAGGACUUUUUCGGCACAACAAGCCCAUACGCAGAUCUGUUGGACGCUGUUACAGAUCCUCCACCACUUUUUUCCUUCGGUGAUUCGAAAGGAGUGAAAAAGAAGGAGCCACCUUUUAUAAAACCACUAGCUUUAUCAUUAGAAGAGAUUUUCCAUGGAGGUUUGAAAAUUGUAAAAAUCCAAAGAAGGGCUUUUGUGACUGAAGAUUGUGAUGCGACAGAACUACAGGAGAAACUUUUGAACGUCAAUAUAACUCCAGGAAUUCCAGUUGGGACACAGAUUACGUUUCCAGAAUGUGGAGACAUGGGGCCAUCUAUAAUUCCAGGUGACAUUGUGUUUGUCAUUGAAGACAAACCGCAUCCUGUUUUUAGAAGGGAAGGUGUAAACAUUUACAUGAAAGCCAAAAUAACAAUUGAAGAGGCUCUAAUAGGAACUACUGUUACUGUAAAUACCAUUGACAAAAGAACAUUGAGAGUAGCAAUAACGCAAGUUGUAACGCCAGAUUAUAUUAAAAUUGUGGAGGGAGAAGGCAUGCCACACCCUGUGGAUCGCUCACUGAUGGGAGAUCUUAUGAUUUCUUUUGAUGUUGAAUACCCGAGUUAUAUUCCGCAACCUAGCAAGAAACUUAUUUCAAGAGCGUUUGCUUUAUCUGCGACGAGCCAGAGACCUAAGUCGCCAGAUUUAGUGAACAACAUGGUGAAUCCGGAAAGUUACGCGAGACCUCAGUUGCUUUAGCCUCAUAAGCCAUUUAAUGAGAUUUUGACUGAUUUUGGAUUAAUACCGAACUCUCGGAUUUGUUUUUCUAUAAAAACAAUUUUUCUAAUUCUCAUAAACCAGGCUUUUCCUCAAAAAUAAACAGUUACAUUUUAAGUAA